AUGGCCCAUGGCGCACCCUGGCAUUGCCGGCCCUGGCGUUGCCAGCCCUGCGUUGCCAGCCCUGCGUUGCCGACCCUGGCGUUGCCAGCCCUGCGUUGCCGGCCCUGGCGUUGCCGACCCUGGCGUUGCCGACCCCGGCGUUGCCGGCGUUGCCGGCCCUGGCGUUGCCGACCCUGGCGUUGCCGACCCUGGCGUUGCCGGCCCUGGCGUUGCCGGCCCUGGCGUUGCCGACCCUGGCGUUGCCGACCCUGGCGUUGCCGGCCCUGGCGUUGCCGGCCCUGGCGUUGCCGACCCUGGCGUUGCCGACCCUGGCGUUGCCGGCCCUGGCGUUGCCGGCCCUGGCGUUGCCGACCCUGGCGUUGCCGACCCUGGCGUUGCCGGCCCUGGCGUUGCCGGCCCUGGCGUUGCCGACCCUGGCGUUGCCGACCCUGGCGUUGCCGGCCCUGGCGUUGCCGGCCCAGCCCAGCUCAGCGAGGCCAGGGCCAGGCCGGGGCCGCCCACAGGACGAGCCCUGAGGGGAGCCAGAGCCAGGCCCGCUCUCGGCAGCCCCUGCGCAGGAAUGAGCGGAGCUCCUCGGGCUGCGGAGGUUUGCAUUUGCCCUCUAACUACUGGGAGGAGUCCUGCUUUGUCUAUAAAAAGCUGCACUUUGCCAAACAGUGUAACAGAACCGAACUUAGGGAUUCACUGGCCGUCUCAUCCGGGGAGAGAGGACUGAGCUCAGCCAUGUUCGGGAUUGGGAAGAAGCUCGCUGAGGAAGCUGUGCAACAAGCUGAAAGUGCUGCACAGGUGGCAGUUGACACGGUGAAUCAGACUGUGCAGCAAGCAGCGGAGCAGGCUAAGAGUGCUGGUCAGAAAGCACUUGAUGAAGUCUACAAAGUUGCUGAAACUGGUGAAAAAGCUGUAAAAAAUGUAGCAAACCAAGCAACUUCAUGGGGCAAAAGCUUUGGACAAUGAAGAUCAAAAUGUAUCACAUGUAUCACCACUGAAAUUUUUGCAAACAAGUUUCUACUACAUAUACUCUUAAAUAAAGACAAUACUUACACUCUG